AUGAAAAUCGUCGUCCAGUACACGUUUACUCAACAGAUAAUAAUGACAUACCCCGGUAAAUGUGGGGGAAGAGUUCAAUGUGAAUAUAUGGCAACAUUUAGCAAUGAUGUUGAUCAAGAUUUAGUAAACACGGAAUAUUCUACAACGGCUACUAGCAGUAUUAUGUUACUGUUGAAUACUACGACCCUCUCUACGCAAACCCUUCAGACCCUAUGGUAG